CUCUGCCCACCAAGUAUCAUUCCUGAUCACCCUCUCUCAGCAAAAAUGAUCUUCAGCAUCUUCGCUCUCCUUCCGUUUGCCCUCCUUACUGCUGCUCAAAGCCAGUGCGACACUGGUGUCAUCGAGUGCUGUAACAAGGACACCCUCUAUUCGCAAACAGAGCCUAUCCUGACCGAGUUUGGCCUGGUUGACGUCGCUGCGGUUGUGGACGCCUUCGUGGGUCUUGAAUGCUCCGGCAUCAACGUUGUCGGUACUUCCACUGGUUGCUUGGCAAACCAGCAGCCCGUUUGCUGCGAGAAUCAGAAAUACAAUGGUAUUGUCAGCAUUGGCUGUACUCCCAUCAAUGUCAACCUUUAAUAUUACCUUAUUUUGAUGACUAUUACUCUCCUAUCACCACGUUCCUUGUUUGUAAAUUCAUCAGUACAAGUACCAUGAUACCUGCCUCUACCAAUGGAACUAUUGCUGUCUUC